GAAAGUAACUAGAUAGCAACUUAUUUUGAUUGGUUACGAUGAAAUUGGUGAUUUUGGUAUGAAAUAUAUGAUUCAAUUAUAUAGGCGACAAUUACACAUAUAUAUUGUGGGAAUGUAUAAAUUACACGUUAAAGAAGAAAAAAAAAGACGAAGAAUUUAAAAACAUGAAGACGUGUAUUUGGAUAUCCCGACUCGGAAUUUCGAAGAAUAUUUCAGCCAAUCGUCGUUUGAAUGUAUUUUAAUAUUUUGUCGUUGUGCGUUGGGAGUUUGAAUCGAUGAAGUUGUUGAUAACCUAAUUUCGUUAAAGUUUAUGGAGCGUUCUCAUGCGAUGGCGCGAACGUGCAUAGAGUAUAGAGUUUAAUUUGGUGGAAUGGUGUCUUGUUUUCUAAACUGCUUCGACGGAUAUGUGACAGUUUGGCUUGUAAAAAAUUUUAGCGCCAAGGAAAAACGUAAAGGUUAAGAAAGAAACGAAUUUUCCGAGAACGAUUACUUCCGAUUAGGUUAAAAAGCAACGAACACGUGGUGUCGUUCUUGGAAUCAUCGGAACAGAAUGAGAGACUUUAGAUGAAAUGAAAAAUAUUCAGUGAUCGAAUAUGGGGAAGGGUAAAAUAUAAAUAUUGGACAGAGAUUGUACGGAAUGAUGAAAUUAUUGAAAUAAAUAAUUCAGAGAGUGAGCGAGCGAGCAAACGAAUAUAUAGCAAAGGACAUAUACAUAGGAAAGGCGAGAGAUGCGCUAGUGUUCCACUAAGCUACCCCCAGCCUUACUACCCCCACCCUUUCGUUCCAGCUCCCCUAGCUAGUGCAAAUCUCGGCGGAUGAAUGUUUUCUUAAGGGAUUCUUCCCGAAAGCGACGCGAAAAUCUGAGAGAAAUCGAGGGAGCUAAAAAUUCGGAAAUUGUUCUAAAUCAACGGAAUAAUGGAAGGUGGAAGCAAUUUGCAUAAUCCGGGUAAUUAUCCUGGUGGUGACCGUCAACAAUUUUGUGUUUCAUGGAAUUCUCAUCAAUCAAAUAUGCACAGUGCAUUUCCCAAACUUUUAAGUUCUGAACAAUUUGUCGAUGUCACUUUAGCUUGCGAUGGUGGCUCAAUAAAAUGUCACAAAGUGGUAUUAUCCGCUUGUAGCGAUUAUUUGGAACGUUUGUUGUUAGAAAUACCAUGUACCCAUCCUAUUAUAUUUUUGAGAGAUAUGAGAAUGUGGGAACUGCAAGCUUUAGUGGAAUUCAUGUAUCGUGGUGAGGUAUAUGUGGAACAACAACAACUUGGCAAAUUAAUGCAAGCCGCUGAAGUUUUGCAGGUUCGUGGUUUAUUCACUCAAGGGAAUGAUAAUUCUUCAAGCGAAAGUAGUUCUCAACAAUGUGACUCUAAUAUCGCUGUUGCACCAUCCACGACCACGCAGCAGGAUGGCUCUGAUUAUAAAGGCGAGGAAACUCCAUCAGAUGACGGAACUUCGAGCGCUAAUUUUUUAGAGACGACAUCGAUUGCUGCGUCUAGCACGGCAAGCGCUCCAUCUGUCAGCACUACGCCAGUUCCACAGAAUUCGAAUUCAUCAAAUUUUAUGGAACACAGUGAGGCGUUACAACACUUGGAGAAAGCACUUAGUGCUUGUGAAGCGACUUUAACCGAGACUCAGGGCAUGGUUAAAAUGGAGCCAGACGAGCAGUUUACUCAACAUGACAAACCAUAUUCUAUUAGCAUGGUACCGAGCAGUAAUUGUAACCCGAGCAGUCCGUUUCCUGCGAUUGAAGGUUAUCAGAGACGACAGAGACGUUCGGAAGAAGAAUUGAAGCAAGCUUCGGAUAUGGUAGCACGCGGUAUGACGUUUCAAGUCGCUUCGGAAAAGUACAAAAUUCCGAUAAGUACGAUUCGAUUCUAUAUGGUUAGAAAGGGUAUAUUGCAAAGGCGAAAACGCGGUCGUGGUUCAAGCAAUCUUGGCAUGAACAGUCAACCGGGAAGUCCUGCAAGUCCGCCAUAUCAUAUGAUGAACUAUCGUUUGCCAGAAAGCCUAAACUCCAGCCUACCGUAGUGCUGUACAAAAGAUAGCCAGUUUUUAGACUUGAGUUGAAUCGAACAAAUUUUUUAUUGCCACGUCGGAGCUGUUCCAGACUGUCACUCUUCCCAUCUUUAUAUAUAACUCAACUCACACUGAGUUAUUCGUUUCUCGUUUAAACAUUCACGACCCGUGAUCACGCAUGUACCAGUGCGAGUGCGUUUUCGCCGAACUACUCGUUAUUCUAUACACAUUUAUUGCAUUUACAGAAGAUAGUAAUUUAAUAGAAAAUAAUUGACAACGUGUACGUAUCGUACAUAAUAGAUACGAUUUUAGUCUCGAACAGCUCAGCUCUGUGUACAUAAGCACUAUGUGCGAGUUUUCGAACGCUCGUCGAAACGUAAGAAGCGAGAGUGAGAGAGGGAGAGAGAGAGAGAGAGAGAGAGAGAGAGAGAGAGAGAGAGAGAGAGGCGAAAAAGAGCCAUGUGAAGGAUGCAUAAGAAAAUAAUACGUUUGUACGAAAACGGUUGAUUUUUCGUUGGCUUUGUACUGAUUCAGUUGGAAAUGUUUGAUUUACCAUUGAUUGUACAUAGCAAAAGAUUUCAUCUCUUCUGGUGUUUCAUAAAUAAUAUUGUAAUAAUCAAAGGAAGUAACGUGUCUCGAUGCAGCGUUCGAAAACUAUCCGUACGGUUCAGUUUUGGGCCGUGUUCCGUUCUUCUACUUAGUGACACAUACACCUUACGUGCAUGGAUAACGUAAGAGGUAUUUUUUUGAGUCCUAUAUACAGAUUGCUACAACAGGUUUACAAAAUAUGGUUCAUGGGAAAGUUUAAACGUGUCACGAAAAUCAUAUUUUUACGAUCACUCGAAAUCUUUUGAUAAUACGUAUCUGUAGAAUAGGUUAUUUUUUAUUACGUCCUAUUUAUACAUACAUACAUACAUGCACACACACGCGCGCGCGCGCGCGCCCACACACACACACACUCUCACACACAC